CCUGUGCUGUUCACUCAGGGAGUAAAUCAUGGCUGACAGUGAAGCAGGAGCAGCAGCAGCAGCAGCAGCAGGGAUGGCUCACAGUUUCACUCAGGAGUAUUUUCAGAUCCCUGUGGUGACCCGAGCGUACACGACCGCCUGUGUCCUCACCACUGCUGCUGUGCAACUUGAGUUCAUCAGCCCAUUCCAGCUCUACUUUAACCCAGAGCUCAUCAUCAGGAGAUACCAGAUAUGGCGCCUGAUAACCAGCUUCCUGUUCUUCGGCUCUCUCGGAUUUAGUUUCGUGUUCAACAUCAUCUUUCUCUAUCGAUACUGUCGGAUGCUGGAGGAAGGCUGUUUUCGGGGCAGGACGGCGGACUUUGUUUUCAUGUUCCUGUUUGGAGGGAUCGUGAUCACUCUGUUCGGUCUGUUCGCCAACAUCUUCUUCCUGGGUCAGGCCUUUAUCAUCAUGCUGGUGUAUGUGUGGAGUAGAAGACAUCCGCUCAUACGUAUGAACUUCUUCGGCCUCCUGAACUUUCAGGCCCCGUUUCUUCCCUGGGUGCUCAUGGGAUUUUCAUUGCUGCUCGGGAACUCCAUCGUGGUCGACCUGCUUGGUAUCAGUGUCGGUCACAUGUACUAUUUCCUUGAAGAUGUGUUUCCAAACCAGCCGGGAGGAAGGAAGCUGCUGAUGACUCCAGAACUUCUACGGGCCAUGUUUGAUCGGCCAGAGGACCCAGACUACCGUCCCCUCCUGGAGGAGCAGCAGCAGGGUGGAGCCCUGCAGCCGAAUGGGGAGCAACACAACUGAGAGCCCAGAGAGCUGUGAAAAGUCAGACACAGACCGCCACAGGACUGUAAAGCUGUAUAGACUGAAUAUUUAGCUUUGUUCAGCGUAUUGUAACCACAGAGCUUUCAUUUGCCUUAACAAGAAAAAAGGACCAGAAAUGGAAGAACAAGCUGAAAACUUUUCACUAUGGAUGGACAUGGAGGGUCCAGUUUGCUACACCAACAGCUUUACUCUGUACAUGUGCAGGUUUUAUACUUCACAGCAAACUGGUUGAGUGAGAUGAUGUGGAUGACGAGCUCAGUCAGAGGGACGCUGUAAUAAGGUCAACAGUAAGGAGACAUUGGUUUGAUGCCACGAUUGUUUGGACUUUUUCUUACACUGAUGGCAACAUACCGCGUUGUCAUCAGUUAAUAUUUCACCUCAGUCUGCUCCACACAUGAUGCAGGAAAAGGAGAAAUGAGCACAAAUAUAAAACAAGAGCACCCAGAGUGCAACUCCCCCCGAAGGGCGAGGGAUAUACUGAAACAUUGUUUCAUGAAGUUUUUAUUCCAACAUGCUGAUGUCAGCCUGUUUUUCUUGCAGUAUCAUGGCAUCAGCCUGUUGUAGCAUCGUUGUGACGUUGCAAGCGUCAUGUUGAAAAAAUAAAAAGCCUGUUGCACAGCUCUCUCCGUGCCCUUUCAUAUGAUAUGAUAUAUGAUGUAUUACUCGAUAUGGUUUCUCCUCAGCUCGCAUUGUUAUUGGUAUCUACCA